GAUAUUCGUCACCGGCGGAGGGUGGAGCCGAUCCGAGGUCACGUGACUAACCUCGGAGGCUCACUCACUUACACCUCCACGAAUAUCCACGGCAGUUGCCAACUGCGAACUUCUUCAUCAUCAUACCUCUUUUGCAUCAAUAGUUAAUUCACACUAUUUGCUGCCUCUGGUUGACCACCAACCCUGUGAUACCAACAAGAACUCUUCCUUUCCAUCUUACAACAUUCGUCAACCCCCGCAAACCUCAAACCCCUCACGCCCCCCAUAUUCCACGACAUAUUAAUACUGUAUGUAGUCACUAGAUUAUAACAGUUGACAUGAAUGCCACAAGCUCCGCGUCGCUGCAGUUCGUAGCUGACCAUCCUUUCGUCACGUGCAUCGUGGUUUUGGCCGCAACCUUUUUUCUUCUCGCACGGCGAAGUCAAGAUGAACCGCCCUCUCUUCCCGAGAUCUUGCCAUUCGUAGGCAAUACGUAUCAGUACAUGACAAGCCUGCCAACUUUGAUGGAUCGCGCCAGCCAUGCCAUGAUCCAGAGCGGCAUUGUCAAACUCUGGCUUGGGCCUAUGCGUCUGUACCUGAUAAAGGGAGAAGAGAAUGUGCAGGCCAUAUUCCGAUCGUCGUCAACUUUCACCUAUGAAAAGUUCAUCCUGCUAGUCAUCAAAAACCUGCAAGGUUCGUCGAAGGAAGACGUCGAAAAGCUGUCUGAGGACAAGUCUGGCCGCAACAAAGCGCCGGUUCCGGGUUGUGAGAAUGUACCCCAGGACGAGAGGUACUGGUACCAGCUCCACCACCUUGCCACGGAAAACAUAUCCAGGACCGAAUUAACGAACCAUUUGGCUAUCAUGUACACGAAGUUCUUUGGCCAGGCCAUAGAGAAACAGCCGUCAGGAGAAUGGACAACGGUGCGGUUGUUCAACUUCCUGAGGAAGGACAUGGGAGAGAGUGCGCUCAAGUCCCUGUGUGGCACACGAAUCCUGGAACUGGUGCCCGACUACAUUGAUCAGUUUUGGCGCUUCGACAGCAUCGGCGUUCAAGCGGUGUACGGCCUUCCGAAGUGGAUAAAUCCCAAGCCGACCGAAGAACGCGACAAGCUGAGCCACAUGACACAGGAGUUUUUGAAGGAUGCUUUCUCCACGUUCGACUGGGAUGGGCCCGAUGUUGACUCAAAAUGGGACCCGAUCUUUGGGUCCCGCUACAUACGCCUACUUAUGAAGUGGCUGACCGACAGAGAUAUGUCUAUGCGGACUAGAGCGGGCUUUCACAUGAUUUCAGUGCUUGGUAUCAAUGCAAACACCAUACCGGUGACGACUUGGGCUCUGAUUGAAGCUUUGAAAGAUCCUACGCUGCUUGGGGCGCUCCGCGAUGAGGCCCUUGAGACGAUCACAAAAGAUCCUACCACUGGAGAACGUUCCUUCGACAUGGCAAAGCUUGUCUCUAUGCCCCUGAUGCAGUCCGUAUAUAUCGAGUGUAUGCGUCUUCAUGUUUCGAUCGCCAUCACUAGAGAGGUCUCUGAACCGACAACCCUCCAAGGCUAUCGCUUAGGAAAGGGGUCCAUUGUCCAAGCUCUGACGAACCUCAUGCAUUUCGAUGAGCAGACAUGGGGCCAAGAAGGCCAUCCUGCGUCGGAGUUCUGGGCAGAGAGACACAUCAAACAUGUCAAAAAGGUGGACGAACGUACGGGUGCCGUGGCGACGGAAAGGCAGUUCGUCAUGAGCGCCAAGCCCAGUGAAUUCUUCCCAUACGGUGGAGGUAUUUCCAUCUGCCCUGGACGCUUCUUUGCAAAACAGGAGAUCAUACUGUCUAUUGCCAUGAUUCUAACGAGAUUCGAUCUCGAGUUUGUGGAGUGGACUUGUAAGGACGGAUCCAAGUCCGAACGGCCGCCUGUUGAUGACCCGCAUUAUUUCGGGUCAGCUGCCGUCCCGCCGGAUAGGGAUGCCAAAAUUCGCUGGAAGCGAUUGUGGUAGAGCAUAAGUGCCAUGAUACUGACAUCUUGUGAGUAGAGCAGAGGGUCCCUUGGGUUCGAGAUUUGGCUUAGGGUAAAAGUGUUCGAUUGAUGAAUAUGGUCGCUCUAGAUCUCCACAAAUGGUCUAGUUGUGCAUACCCCUUCGAUAAUCUCCAUCAUGGUUUUAUAUGUACAUCUCUGAGAAUAUAGACAGAAGAAAGGUCCAAUCCUUGGCAGUAACGUGAGCCGGCUCACGGUCGGUUCGCAUCAUCGGGGACCCAGCGUCUAGGCCCUACUCGGAGCAAUAGUAGAAUCGGC